AUGCAGACGGAUGCGUCAAUUGUGAGAAUACUUUUGUUCACAAUAACUCAAGGGCCUGUUGUGCGAAUAGCGCCCGAAGAGCUCAUAUUCUUCAACGUCGAAGCAUACAAGGACAUAUACGGCCAUGCAUAUGGCGGGAAAAGGACGUUCAUUAAAACAGACUUCUUCAAUGCAGGCGAAGAGGAAGGGAUUGCAACAGUCAAAGACCCCGUUGAGCAUUCGAGGCAGAGAAAGCUGUUGUCUCAUGGCUUUAGCCAGCAAUCUCUCCGUCAACAAGAAGACCUGGUUCACCAAUACGUUGAUAUGCUACUAGGGCAACUCCAGAAGAUGGGUAGUCCCUCAGGAUCUGGAAUCGACCUGGCUGAAGCUUUCGUCUGGCUGACGUUUGACGUUAUCUCUGAUCUUGCCUUUGGCAAAUCGUUUAAUUCUGUUGCUAGCGGGAAGACACACUUCUGGAUUUCGCUUAUCUUUGAAGCUUCGUUCGCAAGCCAAUUUGCAGACUUGCGACGGCGACUCCCGAUCUUGAACUUAAUUUUGCCUUUUGUUCUCCCAAAGAAUGGGAUUGCCAAAUUCAAACAGCAUAACAAGCUGAGUCGCGAAAUGGCUGUCAACCGGGUGAAGCAGGGCGACACGGGUCGGGCAGACUUCUUCUCGCAUCUCCUUCGUCGUGGCGGUGGUGAAAGCAUCUCGGAGCUGCAGCUUCAGAGCCAGGCGAGCAUCUUGAUCGUAGCUGGUUCCGAAACUACCUCGUCCUUUCUCGCUGCCACCUGCUACCUUCUGUUGAAGAACCCAGACACCCUGGCUCACCUUACGCGUGAGGUGCGAUCAAAAUUUCCCCUGGUGGAAAGCAUCAGGGCAGAUGCAUUAGCUGAAUUGCCCUACCUUAACAGCAUCAUUGAAGAGGGUCUGCGGAUGGCGCCACCCGAAGCUUUCGGUCUCCCACGUUUCUCUCCAGGCGCAGUCGUUGAUGGUCAUUAUGUGCCUGCAGGGGUCACCGUAAGCGUUGAAUCGUACCCAAUCACACGCGAUCCCCGCUAUUGGAAGGAUCCGGACUCUUUCAAGCCUGAACGAUGGAUUGGAGAUGGGUUUGGAGACGUGAAGGAGGCAUCGCGCCCGUUUUCUUUGGGGCCACGCGCCUGCUUGGGCAUCAACCUAGCGUAUAUGGAAAUGCGGCUCACUCUCGCCAAGAUGGCCUGGACAUACGAUUGGGAGCUCGUGGACAGGGAUAUGGACUGGUUCGAGGGUUCUCGCCUGUAUCUUUUCUGGAAGAGGCCCCAACUCCAGGUAAGGUUUCAUCCCAGAGCCUAG